AUGUUUGCAAGAUAUCAUUACUUGGCUCUAUUGGCACUGGCGCUGUCAAAGCUGCAGGAAUCUCAAGCCAGCAGCAGCUACGACAACAAUAAUUCCAAUUCAGCAGCACAGCAGCCAGAUAUCACAGCCUUUGCGUUUGUACGGAAAACGGCGAGUGAGACUGCCGCCGAUGAUGCUCCCAAUGACAGCCACCAAGACUUCCCGUCCAGAAACAGCGACGAAUCGUCGGAAGAUUCAUCCACUACAGUGUCCAGUUCACUCUUGUACGAUGGAGGCUGCGUAGUGUCAGCAGAGGCCCUCAUGUGUACAGGAGGCGAUGAUGGGUACGACAGCUCCAUAUUUUCAUUAAUGGACUUUGGGGCUGAUGAUUAUUCCGACGAGGAGGAAAGCGACGACGAGGAUGACGACGAUGAUGAUGGACAUUCUUCCAUGCUCUCGAAUGCGUCUCUAAGACGAUCCAAGGUGGCGGCUGGAUACAAUGCUCCUCCACCACCAAGAGAUUCACAAUCUACAAAAUACGAGGAUACCAGCAGUAGUCAAGUCUCAUGGUCACAACUGAACAAUCUGCAGAGGAUGCAAAGUUAUGAGAUUCCUUUUCAAGCCACUACGACUGCCUUCUACAACGGUAACACUCUCUCGCUUAGAGGUGGGGCUGCUGCAGUCUCAUGGUCACUGAAACAUUAUCAGACGAAGCAAAGUUAUACCAUUCCGUUUCCUACUACCACACCUGCUUUCGUCAACAGCGGGGCUCUUUUGCUCAGAGGAGGAGCUGCUGCUUCAAGUGUGGGAUCCGAGUUUGCCAAAAAGCUUCUGGUCACAGCCCUGGUGACGCUCGUCUACGAAGCCCUAUGUGGUCACAUUCUCGAGUUUAUCAAAAUCUACAUGCAAACAUCACCCGAUGGAACUUCCUACGGAACGGUCCUGCGACAAAUCACUGCGGAAAAGGGCAUUGGUGGUCUCUGGGAUGGAUUCAUUCCCUGGGGAGUUGUGCAAUCCUUCUUUAAAGGAUCCGUCUUUGGCCUCGCCCAUGCCAUGGCAUCUUCUUGCCUAGUACCUCUUGCGGAAAGUGGAACGAUUCCCAUGCAACUAGCAAUGACCUGCGCGGGCGGUAUUGCUGGUGGAUUUCAGGGAUUUGUCUUGUCGCCUACCUUGCUACUCAAGACGCGAGUCAUGACAAACCCCGUAUUUCGAGAAAAGAUGAGUCUAUGGAAAACCACAUGGUUGAGUGCUACCACUGGCUAUGAUGUCGUUGCUUCCGAGGGCGUGGGAGCGCUUAUGAAGGGGAGCAGCGUCUUUGCGACCAAACGUGUCUUUGACUGGGCCACUCGAUACUACUUUUCAGAUUUGUUCGAGACGAUGGCUCUCAGUUACAAAGGGGGGGCUGCCCUCACCGUGCAAGAUAAGAUUGCCUGUUCACUGCUGGGAGGAACUGCCAGCACGUUUUGCACACUACCACUCGAUGUUCUCGUCGCAAAGAUUCAAGAUGCCAAAAAAGCAGGAGUCAGUGUUUCGGCUCUCAAACUGUUCCAAGACGAGUUGAAGGAAAAGGGUUGGGCUGGACUAAAGAAGUCAUACAUGAAGGGCUUUGAGGCUCGACUUGCUCACGUCGCCUUCACUACUGUAGCCAUCAAGACCGGCACUCCCAUCGCAUACAACCUGCUGUUCCCAGCCAAACUUGAGGCGGCAACUGCAAGCUAA